UGCAAAGUUUAUAUGUCAGUCCAAACAUCAAACCUAUGCUUAAUUUUUUAUUAAUGUUCCUUUUCAUUUACCUCAUUGGCUAUUUUAUUAUUUUUCGUAAAUGGAGCUCCAAGACCCGACCCGAAGCUUCAAGCUGUUUAAUCUCCCUCUUUCACGGCACUCCGGCGACCAUUCUCGCCGUCGCCGCCGUAUUCGCCGACUCUAACCGCGGCUUCGCCGCCGUCAACACGCCGUUACAGAAUCUUGUGCUCGAUUACAGCACCGCUUAUUUCGUGGCCGAUCUUAUCCACUGUGUCGCGUUUUUUGCGGGUGAUUUGUUAUUCGUCUUACACCACCUCGCAACGCUCUUCGUGAUUCUCACGUGCCGACACGUGGCGUUUCGUGGGGCAUUCGGGGUUCUUUCGCUCUUGGCACUGGCGGAGGUUACCAGCGCGUUGCAGAACGCGUGGGCGCUGACGCGUGCGCGGCGGAGCGAUGUGGCGUUUGCGGCGAAGGUGUUUGAUGCAUUGUGCGUUCCGUUUUAUGGGUUGUAUUCGAUGGUUCGUGGUGUUUUUGGGCCUUACUUUGUUUUUAAAAUGGUUGUGUUCUUUUUUAGUGGACUUGCUGAGGGCCUUAUUGCAACGUGGGUUUGGGUUUCUUGGGUUUUUGUUGUGUCUUCGGCUAUUGUUGGUAGCAUUUUGUGGGUUUUCAAUCUUUGGGUUGAACUGUAUAGAGAAAGAGCAACAAAAGUUGAGGAGAAGAUUAGAUAG